CCCCUACCAACCCCCAGAUCCCUCAGAAACUCUCUCUGCAAUGUCCUCCUCCUCCUCCUCUGGCUCUUCUUCCUUCCCCUCGGCGCCAUUGCGGCACUUCUUUGUGCCAACGGGCGUAACCCUUCUCACCUCCAUCCUUCUCCUGGUCUACAUCUCCUCCACCUCCAAUUACUUCCUGCGUCUCCGCAACACCCGUCUUCGCCUCACAUCCUCACUCGGCUCCGCCCCAUUUCCUCCCUCGAUCCACCAGGACCCCCCGUCUCUCGCCACUGCCGUUUCUGAUGUGCCCCGGUCGCUGGGUUCGGAAAAGGCGUCGCCUUUUUGGGAUGCGAGCGGUCUGGAAGGCAGGAUCGAUCGGUCUUCGAGGUCUAGGCGACAAUUUGGUUCCCCACAUAGCAAAGACCAUCCAUUUGCACAUGCCCUUCUCCCGGUGGACUUUGAACCUGGUGGAAACUAUGCUAGUGAAAGUUACUUUAAAAAGGCUCUUAUGCAAAGUCAUUUCAUAACUAAGGAUCCAUUGGAGGCUGAUCUCUUCUUCUUACCUUUCUCAAUUGCAAGGUUGCGUCAUGAUCCAAGAGUUGAUGUUGGAGGCAUAUCAGAGUUUAUACGCAACUAUAUGACUGAUAUUAAGCAGAACUACCCUUAUUGGAACCAAUCUGGUGGUGCCAACCAUUUUUAUGUUGCUUGCCAUUCCGUUGGAAGGUCUGCAAUGGAGAAAGCAGAAGAAGUUAGAUUGAAUGCAAUUCAAGUUGUAUGCUCUUCUAAUUAUUUUCUCUCUGGAUAUGUUGCACACAAGGAUGCAUCUUUGCCCCAGAUUUGGCCUAGACAUGGAACCCCACCAAAUAUAUUUUCAUCGAAAAGGGCCAGACUAGCCUUCUUUUCUGGAUCAGUUAACUCUCCUAUACGCAAAAGACUUAUUGAAGCCUGGGGAAAUGAUUCUGAGAUCUUCGUCCAUGCUGGCCAUGUCACGACUCCAUACAAGGAGGGGCUUCUUAACAGCAAAUUCUGCCUCCAUGUCAAGGGUUUUGAAGUGAACACUGCAAGGAUUGGCGAUGCAAUCUACUUUGGAUGUGUGCCGGUGGUAAUCGCCAACCAUUACGAUCUACCCUUUGCUGAUAUACUGAACUGGAAGAGCUUCUCUAUUGUCGUUGCUACCUUGGAUAUUCCACUACUUAAGAAAAUUCUCCAUGAUGUAAGCCCGGAGCAGUAUGUAAUGUUGCAAAAGAAUGUAUUCGAGGUGCGCAAGCAUUUCCAGUGGCAUAGUCUCCCAGUAGAUUAUGAUGCCUUUUGCAUGGUAAUGUAUGAAUUGUGGCUCCGUCGGAGUGCUGUAAAAUUUUCUGUUUCUGGGACUUCAGAGACGUCGAGUCACAAUAGUAGUGCUAUGAACUGCACAUAAAAAUAUCUGUAUGGAUCGCAGUGUUGGGCAAUAACAAGUUAGCAUCACGUCUAUGAGAUGAUGGCCAAGCCUUUCUUGG